UACAGGUCUCCAAGUUAGCUGAUGUGAUGAUCAGACAUGGCGUGAAGAAAGGAGAUCGUGUGGUCAUCUACAUGCCCAUGAUUCCACAGACAGUGUACUGUAUGCUGGCUUGUGCAAGAAUAGGAGCCAUCCAUAGCCUCAUUUUCGGUGGAUUUGCAUCUAAGGAGCUUUCUGUUCGCAUUGAUCAUGCCAAGCCCAAACUUAUUGUAACAGCAAGUUUUGGAGUAGAGCCAAAAAGGAAAGUGGAGUACAUAUCCCUUCUUGAAGGAGCACUGGCAAGGGUACAGAGCAAACCUGAUAAGGUUCUCAUUUACAAGCGACCUAAUUUGGGCCAUGUUCCGCUUGUCCCAGGUCGUGAUCUUGACUGGGAAGAAGAGCUUACAAAAGCACAAGGUUGUGAAUGUGUCUCAGUUCCCUCAGACCAUCCACUUUAUAUUCUUUAUACAUCUGGAACAACAGGUUUACCCAAGGGUGUCAUCAGACCAACAGGUGGCUAUGCAGUUAUGCUGAACUGGACAAUGUCAGCUGUCUAUGGGCUCGAACCUGGUGAGGUGUGGUGGGCAGCUUCUGAUUUAGGCUGGGUUGUUGGUCAUUCCUACAUUUGCUAUGGGCCUCUCCUUCAUGGGAAUACUACAGUUUUGUAUGAG